AAAAAUCAUGACUCCAUUCGGAAAUCCUCAACUUGAAUGUAUGGAGUUGAAAUCGCUACAUUCAGUCAAACUACAGAGCGAUCAUGUAUUUUGGGGCUACUGCUAUCCUCUGCGCGGUCCUUUUGUCUUCAAGUUUUUCUGGAACUUAUGGCAUUUCAACCAGGAUACAAGUUCAUCCGAUGAACACAGGCUUUGAUCCGGGAGAUAACCUUACUUUGACUUGCCUAACAGGGCAAAAAGGCCCCGUUGACGUAAUCGACUGGUACAAAGAUGGCCAGCUUCUCAACAGCAGUGGGCAUUCAAACUCCUCCUGUUGCGCAGAAAUAUCCUUGAUAAACAUUACCAAGGAGGAUGCAGGGAAGUAUGAAUGUGAAGUCAGGAAAAAUGACGAAUAUGACAAGGGUGUCUUCCAGCUUCAUUUAAACUCUGCCCCCAGAAUACUACCGUUGAUAAAGCUAGUGGAAAUCGAAGAAGGGGAUGACAGACGGAUCAUAUGCCAAGCUCAAGGAUGGCCCACACCCUCCAUCAAAUGGAAACGGGACACAGAAGAAAUUUCAGAGAGCGACGAUUUCAGUACAUGGAAAUAUCCGAAUAAAAACCAAGUGAUGUUAAGGAUCAAAUCAGCUAAAAGUCGUCACCAGGGGGAUUACACGUGUGAGGCUAUGAAUGCAUUUGGUAAAGCAAGCGAAACCGUAUCGGUCGUUAUUGAAGAAUCAGAACCGCCGCGAGUCGGUCGAAACCCUGAGAUCAUAGCUCAUCCUCGCUACACGAUCGCCUCCAAAGGCUCAAAUGUCACUUUAAAGUGUGACGUCAUGUAUGUUCGCUCGUAUUUAGCUGAUUGGUAUUGGCUACUCAACGGCACGGAAUUUACACCGGGACGAGAACGGAGUCGUUAUAAAGAAGACACAUUUCAUUUCGACUACAACUUUACGAUGGUGCUUCACAUUCUAAAUGUUUCUGAAAGAGAUGAAGGGCUCUACGAAUGUCUAGUGUUUGGUUUAGUGGAAACCAAAAGUCCUUUCAUGACCUUGACGAUUGAUGAAAAAGAUAACGUUCAAAACAUUUCGACCAAAUGGGAAACAAUGUAUGUGGCUCUCAACACCCAGGUACAACUCAAAUGCACAUCCAUGUACCAAGCUUUCAUUGAGGUGGGAAUGUUUUGGAUGUUUCAAGGCGACAAAUUGAAUCAAUCAGAUCCACGCUACAAAACAUACACGCUCGGGAUUGCGGACAGCUCGGAGACCAAACGGAAAAGGGAGGAGAUGAUCCUGCUCAUUAGUAAUGUGUCUGAGUCUGAUUUUGGUAAUUACACUUGUGCAUUGAGUACUUCCCUUGGAAUAUCUACGGAGGAGAUUGUCCUUGUGGAAGCAAAACAAGAAAUUGGGUUUUCAUCAUCGGAUGACAGCUCUUCCCCCGUGUGGAUCAUCCUCUUCCCUGUUGUUGCUGGGGGAAUUCUCUUGACUUUGAUUACAUUGGUUCCUCUUCGCAAGAUGAUAAAGAAGAGGCAAGAGUGGAAACUGCAAGGAAAAUCUUGUGACGGACAGUUCAAAUACGACGUUUUUGUGACAUUCAGCAACAAGGACCGUCAGUGGGUGGCGGACAAUAUAAUUCCCCUUCUGGAGGGGAACCAAAUUAAAUACUGCAUCCACAGUAGGGACUUUGAACUGGGGAGGCCUCUAACGGACAACAUGGCGGAGAGUGUCUACUCCAGCCGCAAUGUACUGGCGGUGAUGUCCAAGAACUACUUGGACAGCAAGUUCUGCAAGGGAGAACUCGAAAUGGCGCUGUAUCGAAGUAAAAUUGCUCAUGAAGGUUCCCUGUUGGUCGUUAGAAUUGACGGAAUAAGGAAAAAAAAGUUGCCCAAAGCAUUAAGGGAACAGACAUUUGUGGAUUAUCACAGUGAUAAGGACCGCAGCAGUUGGGAAAAGAAACUGCUACGAUUACUUGUUGAAACUGAGCAAAAUCGAUACAUCACUAAACUUUGAGGCUAGAUUUUACUGUUUCGAUACCGCGCAGUCAUGAAGUUUUGAAAGUCGUUGAUUUCUAUAACAUUUAGCUACCAAACAACGCACUUUUCACGCAAAAUAAACACGCGCUGUAGUUUGUGUCAACAUGCGGCACUUAGCAGUUGAUUAGAGGAACGGCAUAAAACUCAAGAGGAUUUUAUGUUGAUAAAAUAGAUUUAAUAGGUAUUCUGGUUCUUAAUAUAAUCAAAACUAUAGAUUAGUCUUACUUUACAAUACAAGAGAUACAAAAAUACUUGAAUUCUUUAACAUCAAAGCGAGUACGUCGUAAAUUCAUGUAUUUCAAACAAGCCUUCGCAAAUUGAUAAUUGGUAACCAAGAAUAAACUUUCGAACAUUUGAAAAAAAACAAUUGUCCCUCUCUUCAAGUUGACGAUGGCACAAGGGCCUGGUUUUGUAAUUUUAGGAAAAUUACGCUUCGAAACCUCACCACCAAAACUGAUAUAAAACAGUUGAGUUAACAUUUGUCACAAAACGUAGCAUUUUAAAAAUUUGUUAUUUUACAGACAUUGAUGAAAUAACAAAAUAUCUACGCCUCUCGAAAAUACGACAUCUCCGCGUGCAAAGAUCAUUUCAACUAUAUCUUAAUACGCAAAGAUAACAACGUAUUCGAGUAAUCAAGUUGACCAACAUGGUGGUUUUACUUUACACGUCGGAGCUUUUUUUUAUCUCCUCUCAUUUACCAACAAUACUACGGUUGAUGGAAAACAUUUGUAUAAUAUGAGACCUUGUUUUAUUGUUAUUUCAGACGAUAAAGUAGCUUUUCUGCGAGUUAAGUAAACGUGCAGAUCUCUGCAUUUGGUGCUAUCAAAAUAUUUGAAAGAAUCGAUCCAAAAAUGCUAUUUAAUAAUAUGUAAUAUCAAACAGAUCAUUAUAUUUCCACUUGUGG